GAAGAGAAAAAACUCCUUGUCUGAUUGAUCAUCGUGGGCGAGCGAGGAAGCAGAGGCGAUUACCCCAUCAUUUGCACCAACCCCGCGCUUGCCGCCCUCGCUCGUUGUGAGCUUCUCUCGUUACUGCUAUAAAGUGGGCGACAUACACACACACUCUCUCCCUUUCUUACCACAAAGGACUCCUCCUCCACGAUGUCUUCCUCCUACCCCUUUCCCUCAAAAAAGUCCGGCGCGGGCUCGAGCUCGGCGUCGCAGUGGCAGGCCCUUGGCCCGGCCAAGGCAGGCGGCCUCGUGCCGCGCGUGACGCUGCCGGUGCCCAUUGGCGACCACGCCGCGCGAACAGAAAAGGACAUGGCCGAGGCGCGCGCCCGCACCGCGUUUGACCCCGCCAAGAUCGAAGAGGUUCUCCGCGACGGGAGGGUGGACAACGCGACGCGGAAGCACGUCAUCGAUGUUCUGGACCAGGACGAGGUGUUUGGCGACUGGAAGAAGCGCAUGUUCCACAUGAACCGUGAGCAGAAGCAGGCGAUGAGCCACAUGGCCAUCCGCCGGCUGCUCGACAUUGGCGAGAAGCACGAGUGGGACACGCACCAGAUCAUCGAGGCGGCCAUCAGCCUGGACCUGCAGUCGCCCGUCACGAUCCACUGGGUCGCCUUUGUGCCCGUUAUCAUGGGCCAGGGCAGCAUGGAGCAGGUCGACCGGUGGGGCCAGCGCGCCAUGACGCACCAGAUCCUCGGCUGCUACCUCCAGACCGAGCUCGGCCACGGCACUAACGUCCAGGCCCUCGAGACGACGGCGACGUACAACGCCGCCAACGACACCUUUGACCUCCACAGCCCCACACUCUCGAGCACAAAGUGGUGGGCCGGCGGCUCGGGCACUACGGCCACCCACGGUAUCGUCCAGGCCCAGCUGAUCAUCAACGGAAAGCGCUACGGCCCCCACCUCUUUUUCACCCCGCUUCGCUCUCUCGAGACGGGCGAGCUGCUGCCCAACAUUGUCGCCGGCGACAUUGGCCCCAAGACGUACGACGCCUUUGGUGGCCUCGACAACGGCUGGGUCCGCUUCAACCACGUCGAGCUGCCCCGGUUCAACAUGCUCUCCAAGCACGCGCAGAUCAAAAAGGGCGGCGAGUACGUGCGGCCGCCGUCGGACAAGCUCAGCUACGGCGGCAUGAUCUUCAUCCGCAGCCAGAUGAUCGACCGGACCGGCUGGAUGCUCUCGCGCGCCACGACGAUUGCCAUGCGCUACUCGCUCGUCCGCCGCCAGUUCCGCGACCCGGACAGCAAGGAUGUGGCCGAUGUGGAGCGGAGCGUGCUGUCGUACCCCUCGCUGAACCGGCGCCUGGUGCCGCUGCUCGCGAAAUCGUACGCAUACAUUGUCGCGGGUCGUCGCAUGCGGACGCUGUACGAGGACAUGGCCGCACAGCUCGACCAGGGCAACACGGAGCUCCUCGCCGACGUCCACGUUGCCUCGAGCUCGCUCAAGGCCUACUGCACAAAGCAGGCUCUCGACGGCAUCGAAGAGUCGCGACAGGCCCUGGGUGGACACGGCUUCUCCGUCUACGCUGGCUUCACCUCCAUCUUCCCCGACAAUGCCCCCACGGUCACAUACGAGGGCGACAACUUUGUCCUUGCCCAGCAGGUCGGCCGUGCUAUGCUCAAGAACGUCGGCGAGCUGAAGAAGGACCCCAACUUCAAGGUGUCGACGACGACGUGGUUCCUCGAGACAAUCGCCAAGGCCGGCACUGCCAAGUUCACUGCACCGGCCUCGCCUGCCGACUGGCUCAAGCCCGACGUGUACACGCGCGCGCUCGGCCUCCGUGCCGCCCGGCGCGUGGCCGACCUGGCUGCCGAGGUCUCGUCUGGCCGGCGCUUCGUCGACUGCAGCUGGGACUGCGUCGAGGUGGCGCGCUCCCACGCCGAGGUCGUCGUCAAUGCCUGGUUCACCGAGGGCAUCGAGGAUGACGCCGAGCGCUUCGGCCCGACUGAGUCGCAGUGGAUGCGCAAGCUCGUCGCCCUCCACGCGCUCAUCUGCAUCGCGCGCGACGUCACGCCGCUGGCGCUGCCCGCCGCCAAGGGCCGCGCGCUGGCCGACUACCGCGCGUCAAACAGCGCCAUCCUCUCGCCCGAGGCUGUCCUGCACCUCGAGUCGGCCAUCCGCAGCCUCGUCGAGGAGCUCCUGCCCCAGGUCAUUGGCCUCACCGACGCCUUUGGCUGGACCGACUGGGAGCUGUGCAGCGCCCUGGGCCGCAAGGACGGCCGCGUCUACGAGGCCCUCAUGGCCGAGGCAGAGUCCAACCCGCUCAACCACCCAGCCACCAAGGCGCUCCCCGACCACGCAAACGUGGGGCGGUACAGCUACGGAAGCGACAACGUGGGCAAGAACGUCGCCGAGACGUGGACGAGGCACGUCAAGCCCCUGCUCCGGGAUGCUGCGACGCGGUCGGGCGACGAGCCCAUCAGGGGCGACGGGUCGAAGCUGUAGACUUGCUCUUUCUCUUUUUAGUUACCCCUUCUGUCUCUUCCAUGGCUUGCUAAUGGGACCAUUAUUG